UUUAGUUCCCAUAGCAUCACCAUAUCUUUAUAAACACACAACUUUGCUUUUUCCUGUUUCACUUGGAUAUUACCAUAGACCAACCCAUCUACCGCUAGGAACUCACACACGCGUUGCUAGAUAUACCACAUUUGCUUCGCACUUUAACCAUGUCCGGCAUAUUCCACGCAUCACGAAUAGUAAGAUCGCGUACUCGAGCCAUAACAUUGACGAGACGAGACUAUAGCGGGUCCAAGUUCUUUCAAGGAGCCAGAAGUUUUAUUCUCGGGUUCAACCAGCCUGACGAGACGCCCACGUCGGAAUUUAUUCCAUACAUGCAAUACCCUUUGAUGACCAAAGAUCAAUUGAAUAAGAUCACUACCGACAAGUUUAAGUUUGAGUUUGGCCAUGCCUCGUUUGGCUACCACUCCAGCUCGACUGUGCCCUCGAUCAACUCGCUUUCCGAUUUGACGGAUCCUACCCAAUUGAAUACGUUGUUACCGAGAAGAAGACCCAAGGGAUCGCCAACAGAUACACUUUCGAUCAAAGCGGGCGACGAUACCAUGUUGGUGUCGUCGACGGUGUUGGCUGUAGCUGAUGGCGUUUCCGGAUGGGAAAGCGAUGGGAUUCAAACAUCCUCGGGAAUUUGGUCACGAUCGAUGGUGGAGACAUUUAGUCGAUUAAUGACAGAGUAUAAGAUUCAGCACUCUCCCCAUGCAUUGCACAAGCGAGACAUUGACCAGAUUUUGGAUGAUUCCUUUUUGCACACUUCGCAUUUGAUGGAUUUGCAAAAGUUGAAUGGAUCAUCGACUUUGGUGCUUGUCAUGUUGAGUGGAGACUUGUUGCAAAUGAUUAGUAUUGGUGAUUCCAAACUUUAUAUUAUCAGAGAUGGGAAAAUCAUCAAGACCAAUGAAGUGCAGAUGAUUUCGGACUUGUGUCCACAACAAAUUGGAACUCAGACCCUUAGCUUGUUGCCCUCGGAAAUUGCCUGGGUGGAGUCUUUCCAGUUGAAGGAGGAUGAUCUUAUAGUCAUGUGUUCCGACGGUAUUUCUGACAACUUAUAUGAGUCGGAAAUCUUGAACUAUAUCAACGAGUUUAUCUAUGAAAAGAAGAAUAGCCUCAAGACUGCCGCCAACAAGUUGUUGAUUAAAGCAAAGGAAGUUGCGUUUGAUGAUUAUGCAUACACGCCAUACAAUGAACAAGUUAAUGCCUUGCCCGACACAUUGAAGCGAGGACAUCAAAGCGUGGGUGGGAAACUUGAUGAUAUGUCAGUGUUGAUUGCAAAAGUUGUUAAUAAUCCAAAGAAGAUGUGAUUGUAUUUAUAGAAUAUUGGUUUAAAUCGGGAUUAGAAAAGGAUUGGGUACAUAGCGUUUAAUAUAACAAAUUAAUUC